AUGUCCGGAUGCAAGUUCUUCAGCCACAUCGAUUUGUCAGACGCGUAUCUGCAGGUCGAGGUGGACCAGCGGGACCAACAACUGCUCAUCAUCAAUACCCAUCUCGGAUUGUUCCGGUAUACCCGGCUGAGUCCUGGAGUAAAAUCGGCUCCCGGUGCGUUCCAGAAAAUAAUCGACACCAUAAUUGCCAACUUGGAACUCUGCUGCGGUUAUCUCGACGAUCUGAUUGUAGGUGGACGAACCGUGGAGGAGCACAACCGCAACGUGGACCGUAUUUUGGGCAAGCUGGAGGAAUUUGAGUUCACUGUGCGCAUCGAAAAGUGUAAUUUCAAUAUGCGCCAAGUGAAGUACCUCGGACAGAUCUUAGACGGAGAUGGUAUCCGUCCCGACCCGGACAAAACCGCAGCGAUUGCUUCUAUGCCCCCUCCCCACGAUGUACCCACUCUUCGUUCCUACCUUGGGGCCGUAAACUACUACGCUAAGUAUGUCCCCGAAAUGCGCAAGUUACGGUACCCAAUGGAUCAACUGUUUGUGGAGUACCGAUAUACCGUUCUGUAA